AUGGCCUCAACCACAUGGACAUUCACCCCCCUCCCAUCCCUCCCACCCACCCUCCUCCCCAACACCGCCUUCUACAACGCCACCUCCUCCAACCUGACCUACCAAAUCUCCCUCUCCUACCCCUUCGAAUGGGGGUCCCCACCCUCCCACACCACCGCCAUCACCACCACCAACCGCACCGCGCAGACCAUCUACAUUCUCGACGGCAACGCCUUCGCCUCCACCGCCGCCGAAUUCAUCAAGCGGCGCAAACCGGUCGACGCCUCCCAGCCCGACGCCCUCGUCGUCGGCAUCGGCUACCCGCUCACCGACAGCGUCUACGCCAUGACGCAGCGCGCCGUCGACUUCGGCGCGCCCAUCCCCGGCGAGCCGGUCGUGCCCAACGGCAGGGAGGCGUUGUUGGAGUUUGUGGAUGCGCACCUGCGGCCAUGGGUGCGUGGGGCGGUGUUUCCCGGGGUGGAGUUUGGGCGGGAUGCGCUGUUUGGGCAUUCGAGCGGGGGGUUGUUUGUGGCGUGGGCGUUGGUCACGAGGCCCGAGGUGUUUGAUACGUGGAUUGCGGCGAGCCCGUCGUUGACGUUGGGGGGUGGUGAGGUGCUUGGGGAGGUGGCGCGGCGGUUGGGGGAUGGGAUGGGCGGGGAGGGGGAGGUGGUCUGGAGUGGGAAUGGGACGAGGCCGGCGGUGUUUAUGGGCUAUGGGGAGGGGGAGGAUUAUCCGGUGAGGAGGAGGACGCAGACGGAGGGGGAAUUUCAGGCGAGGAGGGAGUUGCUGCAGAGCUUUUCGCCGGGGAAGUGGAGCCAUGAGUUGUAUGAUCGGUUGGUGGGGAGCGGGAGUUUGAGGGAUGUGGUGUUGAAGGAGUAUGCAGGGCAGGAGCAUGCGAAUUCUGGGGGGAGUGCGCUGAUGGAUGGCAUUGCUUACUUCUUGGACUGCUCCGUUGAGCUGGCUACCUCCUUACCCCUUAACCUCGGCCCCAAACCUUUCUCUAUCCACGCUGCCAACAUUCACCAGCUGCAAGGACGGGACGCCCUAGCUGAUUGCCGGAUGAGGUGCGAAAUUGGGGAAGUCACCCUUCAAACAUGUCACGGUCUGGGUUGCCAUCCUUGGGUAUCAGGCUCCCUCAGCGGUCGGGGCACUGUCAACACUCCGAACAUUGCAGUUGAAAGCCUGGAAGAGCAACUCUCAAAAGUUGAGGAGGAGUUGAAAGGGGUCGAGGAGCAGAUGUCAACCAAAAUCACCAAUGCUCGCAUCAAGCGGCUGGAGAUGCUGAAACAAAUCAAGGAGAGGCCAAAAGCGAAGAUCCAAAGGGACCAGACCUCUAUACAAGCCAUACUCGAUUCGAUGGACGGCGACGACCAAACAUUUGUUUCAGCUAGAGCAAAGGCUGCAAACGAUGCUCGGGGCAAGAAAUCGAGCUCCCUCAGUCAUCAAGAUACUGUUCAUGUUUUUAGGAUGGCACUCGAGCGUCUGGAAGAGGAUUACUCGAAUGUCGAGGAGGAGUUGAAAAGGUUCGAGGACAUGGAGCUGAUGUGA